AUGGUUGCCUUGGCCGCGGCCGGCCCCCUCGACGCUGCCGAUGGCGGGUUUUUUCCGAGAGCCCAGGCAAUUAAUUAUAGAAGCCUCGCUGACGGCGAGACUGGCGAGAUGGCGGUUUCUGGAUUGAACCACGAGGUUUUUGCUAAUGUGCACAAUAAAGUAUUGGAGGCUCAACAGAUGUUUGAUCAGUUGGAGACUCAUGAUAUUUGUACUCCUGAUAUGGUGAAUUCUACUGCUCGUGCUCAUUUGACUUUAUUAGAAGCUAUAAAUAUGGAGGAAAUUUUACUUCAACAGAAAGCUAAUGAUCUCCUUUUUACUACUGGUGAUAGAAAUACUAACUAUUUCCAUGCCACUUUAAAGCAUAGGAGGAACAUGAAUAGCAUCUUGAAGAUUAAAAAUGGUGAGGGUCAAAUUUUAACUGAUCUGGACGAUAUUGGGGAUAAUGCAACGCUUUUUUUCAUUGAGCUUUAUCAACAUAAACCAAUGAUCAACUAUGUUGAUUCUAAUUUUUUUGUUGAUGAAUUUGAAUACAUUGAUAGUCUUUAUUUAGCCCAUGUUCUGGAUGAGAAUGAAAUUCUUUCUACUUUCAAUUCCAUAAGCUCAAACAAGUCCCUUGGACCUGAUGACUAUUCUUCUUCCUUUUAUGUUGAAUGUUGGGACAUCAUUAAGGAG